AUGGGCAACAAUCUAUCGAGAGUCAACUGUGCGGAACAACUGGGACUUCAAUACCCUGAGAAGCCGCUGCAUACGAAAAAGUCACAUAAAAGAAUCGAUAAAGAUUCCAUUGGUUUUCCCACUGAUUUCAGGCACACAUAUCAUGCGGGUGGCGGUAAAAUAGGUCACAGCAAGCCAUCUGAACUUCAUUCCCAAAAGCUGAUCAUGAACUAUGCCGAGUUCUUCCAAGCAAUGACUGAAAUCUCUUCCGUGCUGAAUGACAAACAAUCUUCGUCUGAGACGAAGCAAAACAUGAGCACGGUUUUAUCGCCUACAACUACCAACGUUGUGAACAGAGAUUUGAAACGUCGGCCUUUACCCAAAUUCCCGCAUUCAUACUCAGAAAGAGCCGUCAGUGCCGUUUCUGGAACAGCAAACAAUGCACCAGUAGCAAAAUAUGAUACCAGGAAGAUCAUCAAAUCAUCGCCUUCAGUGCCUCCUGGAGAUACGAAAACUGAUGAUGAUGAUUCCAAAUGUUUGAACGCGGAUAUCUCUGAAGAAACUAACAAUCCAACGUUUUAUGGCAGUUUGGAGAGUAAAAUCAAUGCACAAGUGAAAAAGGUUCUGGAAAAACCCAAACAUACGAGAAUCAAAAAGUCCACCCUUGCAAAUGGACAGUUAAGGAAAUCAAGAAGCGAAAUUACUGCGCAACAUAGAGAACUGCAUUGUAGUGACCACAGACUUGGCAUUUAA